AUGUCAGCACUAAACGUGUCGAAGAGAACCAAGAUUGGAGACUUGCUCCACUACAAAAUCAAAGUGAUCACCUUGGAUGGAAGAGAGCUUGUUGGAGAGUUGUUGGCGUUUGACAAACACAUGAACCUAGUGCUCAGCGACGUGGAGGAGUUUCGGAUCACCAAGAAGUCGAGGUUUGCCAUCAAGGACGCAAAGAGAAAAGGGCAGGCAAGCACACAGCACUUGGUAAAGGAGGAUAAGAGGGCGCUAGGCUUGAUCAUCUUGAGAGGCGAGCACAUUGUGGGCUUCAAUGUUGUGGCUGCUCCCUUG